AUGGUGGAUGGUUCCAGAAGGAAAAUAACAUUUCUGAAGAUGCUAAGAAUACCGCGCAAUAGCCUUUUAAGAAUCGGAUUUUUCUCCCGAUCAGAGCACAGCAACGGAGAAGUGAAGGAAUCUGUCAUCGGGCAAUUAAGUCACUUUAACAUCUGGGACGAAAUUUUAAGUACUGUGGACAUAUUUAAAAUGACACGUGGGUGUCAUGCCCAAACAGGCAACUUUAUCUCAUGGUCAGUGGUUCAGUUUUGGCUUCAUGACAGCAUCAAUAUAACAUCCCCUUCAUCAUGCACAAGUAAAGGUAAUUCGUUUUACAUGCUUUAUAACCUUCCUAUGACUUGCUAACUUUUUGGAAAAAAAAAUCUUUAAUGCCGGUAGAGAGGAAUCACUUGGAUAACCCUGUUCCUGUCCUGAGGAGGGAGGGAUUAGGGGAAUCAUAUCGUGCACAAAUGACACGAUUAAUGUCUUGCAUAGAUAACAUUCAUUGGAGUUUAUCGAGCGCCCACGGAAGUGAAAUCGCCGAUGACAGUUUUCUGUGGAGAGGAAAGGUUGAGGGCGAUGGAGUGGACAUGGACACUAACACAAUCAGCCUUCAAGGUGCAGGUCACGUGACUUUGGGACGUUUCGAUGACAGUUGCCCAGGAAACCCAAGUAUGUGCGAGAAUGGUUUUACUGUGAGCUUCUGGAUGAAAUACGGAGGUAAGGUAACUUCAAAAUGGUGAAAAGGUUAAGGCUUUAACAUGGCUUGGAAAAGAGUUCACCAAUUGGGAAGUAUUUGCCCAUAAUGAAAAGGCGAAAUCGCUAGUUAACGUCUCAGCCAGCAUCCGUGAUCUAUAAAUUCUGAUGAUAUAUGUUGAAUCAAACUGAAGAUUUAUUGGUUUGAUGUGGAAAAUGAAGAGUGUAAAGGAAGAGAUUGAAACAAAGAGAAGCUUCGUUUAGUUGUUUAAGUAUUUGAAAAGCAAUACCAAAUGUUCAUUAAAUUAAUAUGAAAGACAGUGUAAAAUGAAAGGCAAACAAAAUACUAGUUAAAUGAAAGAAAGGCGAAUAAACCCAAUUGAGGCUCUUUUUCAUUUUGAAAGACGGUAAAAUAUAUGUAGAUUGUAUUGAUAGUGUUACGUUAUUUGAUUUUUAUCUUUCUGUUCUUCUUGACCAGUGAAAUUUGCAUCUUACAUCCUUGGACAAAACGAACUUUAUCACGAAGCCAUCGAGUCUAUGAUGUCAGCUGUAACCCCCAGUAGGAACAAAUGGAUUCGUUGUUACCACGCCAAGUCAGACGGCUUCACCGCGCAUGCGUUUCACUCACGAUGCGACAACAAAGGGCCCACUGUGACUUUAGUGCAAGUGCGCGAGUUCGUGUUUGGAGGAUUUUUGGAUCAGAACUGGGGAGGUAUUGCAAACGAAAUUUCAAACUUGACAUCUUCAUUGAUUUGAAUUGUAAUCAAUACAUUUUGUGCUCAGUUCAAUUGCUUAGAGGCGGCUAAGGUGUAAAUAAGAGGAAUGGAGGUCUACGGUGUUAGAUGGUGAGAUGGUGAGAUGGUGCCACCGUAACAUUCCAAUGCCACUCAAACUUGGUAUAGUGGCUGCCCUCCCCUCCCCUCCCCCCCCUUUCUUCUUUAUCUUUAUGGAAAAUACUUUCUUAACCCUUUUAACGCCGUUAAUGACCAGGAGAGAAUUUCUCCUUACAAUAUCAGUACAAUAUCAAGCAGACAAGUCAGGGGAUUCUUAGUGGAUCUAGUACCAGUUUCUCCUCCACUAACAUCAUAAGAAUUGUAUGAGAAACACAAAGGAGAGUUACUGAUGAGAUCACGGAAAUUAAUGAGAUAAUAACUUUCAUUCCCCCUUUAGGCCCUGAAGGUACAAGAGCAAUAUCUUCAAACUCGGCCUUCCUCUUUAGCAUCAAGAACGCAUUUGGGCUGAAACCUUUCAAAGUCAACGUUAAAGAAAACCAUAAACAGGCAGCUGCACUGAAUGAUCCGACUUCCGGACCAGUUUUUGGACAAGACGAUUUAAGGGUUACUUUUGACAACAAAAGCAUUCCCUUUAUAUGGUGUGUCAUAUAUUGGCCACGCCUACGACUUACCCCAGGGAUAUAA